AUGUUUGGGCUCAGUUACUGGUUCCUGCCUCUGUUUGCAGGAUGUACGUGGUUAGGAACGCUUCUGGCAAUGCUUGGAAGAUGGGUGGCUAUUGGUAGCCCGCAUUACCCCGAAAUGGAACCCAACCAGCAAGUUGCAUUCAUCUCAGAUGUUGGAGCUACAUCAUGGGGUAAGCCGCUGUUCAUUGCUGGGAGUGCUGUGGCGGUGGUGGUGUUUGAUCUGGCCUUUGUCUCGGAACGCUGGCUACGGCACAAAGGACGACUCACGAAGAAUUACAACCGGACCGAGAAGAUUCUGAGUGUGUUUGCAACAAUAUUCGCUAUUGUCGGUGCUGCAGGUCUGAUCCUGCUUACCAUCUUCGACACUCGACGACACCCCAAGACUCAUAGGGCAAUGCUGGUGGUGUUCAUUGCCGGGUAUAUCAUCUCAGCAAUCUUCAUCUGCGCCGAAUACCAACGACUUGGAAUCCACUACCGCGACUACCGCAUCCUCGCCAUAUCCUUCUGGAUCAAGCUGGGAUUCAUCUUCCUCGAGAUAGCUCUCGUCAUUGCCUUUGGAGUCCUGCAAUUAUAUGAUAUGUACAAUCCCGCCGCGUACAUCGAAUGGAUCAUCUCCCUCGUCUACAUCUUCUACGUCUGGAGCUACAUUAUCGACUUUCUACCUGCGACCAAGACUCGUUCCUACGAAGAUCGGUUCGUACACCCACACGAAGUCCCGAAGAUUCGAGCGCAGGAUGAUGAGAUGGCUAUGCAAACGCAAGCAAAUGGCAAUAUGAUGGGCGGACCUGUAUACAGCGGGGGUGGUGGACAACCGGAUGCUGCGGAUACGUAUCUCAACUAUAGGCCGAACGGUCAGGAGCCCUCGAGGAACUUUUAA